AUGAAGAGUUAUUUGUGCAUUUGUUUAGUAGUGGCUUUAGUAGCAGUAGUUGCUUCUUUGCCUCAGAACCGAUAUACAUCUAAAUAUGAUAAUAUUGAUGUCGAUAAAAUUUUGGGAAAUGAACGUAUAUUGACCAGUUACAUCAAGUGCUUGCAGGAUAAGGGUGCUUGCACCGCCGAAGGAAGGGAACUAAAAGCCAUGCUUCCGGAUGCUCUGGAAAAUAACUGUGCCAAAUGCAAUGAGAAACAAAAGCAAGUUUCUGAGAAAGUCAUUAAACAUUUGCAAACUCAUAGAAGCAAAGAUUGGAAUGAUCUCCUGAACAAAUAUGAUCCUCAAGGAAGAUUUCGCGCUCGUUACACCAAGGCUUAA